AUGGACUUGCCCUUGACCUCUACGCCUUCGAUCCUCGUCUCCGAUUCUACGGCGGAACAGCAGCCUGGUCGCCACAGCUACAGUACCAGCAGACAGCAUACCAUCUGGCAGCGCUCACAUAGAGACUCAGCGCCUCCUUCACCCCCAUAUGGACCAAUGGCCAUCCCAAGGUCGGAAGAAACCAUUGCCCCGCCGCCUCUGCCACCGCCACGGUUUAUAGAAGAACUGGCCAACGGACACGACUCGGGCUGGAGAUGGGGGAAUACCUUUCAUCCAGGCGGAACAGGAGCAGGAGCAGCGGUAGAGAGGGACCCCAAGGACGCUUCCGUCGGUAGAGACGCUGCUGCAGGCACAGGUACGAUGCUGCCGCCGAUAAACCCUGGCUCCAGCCUCUUUGGAGGCCAUGCCAGGCCGCCGUUGCGCAGACGGGACGAGACUUUUCGUCUGGAUGCAGAGGAGCAGAGGGCUGUCGACGCGAGGAGGCCUGGUUCAGGCUCCGUAUCAGAGCAGGAGACGGGCCCGGGGCCUCUCUCUGCGCCUCUGUUGAGUCCAUUUGGAGACGCGGGCGCCUUUUCGCCUACCAGUCCGUCAACAAGGCCUGGCAGGUCCCUUUCUCAAACCGGAUCACUAUCUCACACCCUAGAUACCAGGAUAUUGCCCAGUACAAGGCAAAAACCGCUAUCCGAGAAGAGUGUUGAACGCUCCAUUAACGCAUACGACCGAAAUCUCCUAUCUAAAAUUGGUGGUCCCACGUCUCCGCCGAGAAACGCAGUGCUGGGCCUCACCACAACCCUGAGAGACCCAGCAAGAGUCCAGACGAGCUUCUCAGCUCUAACCCUUGCAGAUGAGACUCUCAGCCCACAGGAUAUGCGAUGGGGCAGCGGCCCGCCUUCGGCUGGCAUAUCUCCAGGUACAGGAGGCAGUGGCUUUUCGGAUUAUAUCGCCUUCCGGAGUCAUCGUGAAGGUAGCGGUAGUGGCCCCUCGCCGAUGGAAGUCGACCAGUUCAGUCAGGCACGCGAGAAGUACGGCAGCAGCUGCAGUAUCACUUCUGGGCCUAUUAGAUAUGGGGAGGCCGCGCAUAGCUUACCCUUACACUCUGGUAGACGAAGCCAUGAUAGGUCUCUCUUCCCGGAUCUGGACACGGAUGUGUCGAUGGACGAGGCGAGCACGAACAUGAGCUUAAAGACAACCCGUCAGCGAAGUCUGGGCGAUCGAAUGCCAUCUUUCGUCGAGGGCAUUUCGCCCUUAUCAAACCAUGGCAUGAAGCGAAGGGCAUCCUCCCCACCACAGGUAGCACCGCACGAAGAUGUAGGGAUCAGCACAGGUACUGGUGAUAGACGCAUGUCUGGCUUUCCUUUUAAUACCGGAAUGUGCACCUCGCCGGGCGGGGCUCGAUAUCAAUCAAGCCACGGCUCAAUAUCGUCCAUCUCAUCAGCCAGCAUGCGGACAGGGUCAUAUGCUUCGUCAACUGGCCUAUCUGUCGGAGCAAGCAGCAUGUCUUCGUACGAUCGUCCGUCUCCAGGUGGCGUCUCGCCCACAGAUAUAGAUCACUACGACAGAGGAGCGUUCAUGUGCAGUCCUGCCCAGAAACAGUCCACAUCUGCCCCGAUCCUGAGUAUGCCUCGACCGAACCAAUAUACCGAAUCAUCUCCGUCGGCAGCCGACAUGAAGAAGAACUCAAUCUCGGCAGGGACAGGUAGAAAGGGUUCCCACACAUGUCCAAAUUCAUCCAAGAAUCCCCAGCGUGUCGGCCGGUCAUAUAUAUGCGAAUGCUGUCACGCAAAACCCAAGAAGCUAGACAGCCUCGAGGAACUCAGAGCCCAUGAGAUGGAAAAACAAUAUAACUGCAACUACUGCCAUAAGCGCUUCAAGAACAAGAACGAAGCCGAACGGCACCGCUCCUCCCUUCAUAUCCGCCACCACUCAUGGUCCUGCGGCUCUCUAGCAGGCUAUGAAUCCGCCUUCCAUCCUUCUUCUUCCUCCUCUUCUAACGGCCAGGUUGCCGGCUCUACCACCGCAACGCACGACACCUGCGGCUUCUGCGGCAUGGAGUUCCCCAACUUCCCAUCGCCGCAAUGGGAUGUGCGAAUUGAACAUUUAACAGCUAUUCAUAAAUUCGGGGAAUGCAACCAGUCCAAGAAAUUCUGGCGGGCGGACCACCUGAGGCAGCACUUGAAGCAUAUCCAUGCGGGUUCGAGUGGGAAAUGGACGAAUAUCCUGGAAAAUGCAUGUAUGAAGGAAGAGCCUAUAACGGACUCUGGAUUGCCCAGUAUUGGCGAGACCCCUGACGGCAACAUGGAGACAUCUAUGAUGGGUAAUGACAGAGAUGGUGAGUCGUGA